AUGCAAUACGUUGGUAAAGUAGGUGGAUACGUUUUCAAUCAGUGGCAAUCGUUGAACCCGGCCACAUUGUCGGGAGCAAUUGAUAUAAUUGUCAUUGAACAACCUGAUGGAACUUACCAUUGUUCACCAUUUCAUAUUAGAUUUGGUAAAUUUCAAAUUAUCAAACCACUGCAAAAGAAGAUAGAUUUUUAUGUGAAUAAUAUCAAAACUGACUUACCAAUGAAGCUUGGAGAUGGUGGGGAGGCAUUCUUCGUUUUAGAAACCACUGACAAUGAUUUGGUUAGUAAAAGUAAUGUCACAUCACCGGUUAUUUCUCCCGUGUCUUCACCCGAGGCAUCUCCUUCAUUAUCACCUCCCACGUUAGAUUUGAACGUUGAUGAUUUAGAUUUGAAUGAAACAGGUGUACAGUCUGAUUUGAAAUCAGAAGGUUCGGGUAUUGAAAGGAAGGGAAGUAUCAAGGAAACCAAAAAAGCUCCAACAUCUAAUGAUAGUAUGAUCGAUGAUAUUGAAAGCAAAAUCAAAUUGUCUGAUAUCCCUUCACCAAACAUGUCACCAAAAUCUGGUACUCCUACUCCAUCACUUCAAUCCAUUGCAUUUGAAAAGGCUAGAAAAGUCACAGCCAAAUUGAACAUUCCAUCUAAAAUAGAUCUUAACGGAGAUAUGGUCUUAGAUAUGGAUGGUUAUAAACCAAAUAGUCAAAAGAAUAUCGACAAUUCCGAUGAAAUGUUCAAGAAAAUCUUCAUUGAAGAAUUGUUGAAGAUGAACGAUGAAAGAGAGAAAAAAGAUGAUGUUUCAGAUGAAAUCGAUAAAAUUAAAAAUGGAGAGAAUGAAGAAUUCAAUGAAGAAAAUCAGGUUAGUUUGUGGAAUCAGAUCAUUAAAAUGGAUAAAGAUGGAUCUAUUAGAAUCACCAAUGUCAAUGAAACCCUUGAUGAUUAUGCUGUUGAUGAACAUAAUAGUUAUACUAAUUCUUUGAACUUACAACAACAAGAUUUAACCGGAAGUUCUUUGACCAACGAUGAAAAUAAAACAUAUUUUAAAACUUUAAGAUUAACAUCAGAUCAAUUGAAACAGAUGAAAUUGAAUUAUGGUGAAAAUAAGUUGAUGUUCAAGUUAAAUCAAGGUAAUUCACAGGUUUAUUCGAACUUAUACCUUUGGAAAUCAACAACUCCUAUAGUCAUUUCAGAUAUAGAUGGAACCAUCACUAAAUCUGAUGCUUUAGGGCAUGUCCUUAACUUCAUUGGGAAAGAUUGGACCCAUCCUGGGGUGGCCAAAUUAUUUACUGAUAUUAAUAACAAUGGUUAUAACAUUAUAUAUUUGACAGCUAGAUCUGUAGGACAAGCUGACUCCACAAGAGCAUAUUUGAGUACUAUUGUUCAAGAAAAUGAUAUCAAAUUACCUAAAGGACCGGUGAUUUUGAGUCCUGAUAGAACCAUGGCUGCUUUGAAAAGAGAAGUGAUAUUGAAAAAACCUGAGGUGUUCAAGAUGUCAUGUUUGAAUGAUAUCAGAAGUUUGUAUUUCUCCAACAAGUUCGAAACUGAAGAAGAUAAAGAAUUGAAUAAGGAUAGAACUCCAUUUUAUGCUGGGUUUGGUAACAGAAUCACUGACGCUAUUAGUUAUAGGUCUGUUCAAAUUCCAAGUCAUAGAAUCUUCACUAUCAAUCCCGACGGGGAAGUUCAUAUGGAAUUAUUAGAAUUGUCAGGGGUGAAAUCCUCUUAUUUGGGUAUUGGAGAAUUAGUUGAUCAAUAUUUCCCACCAGUAAAUCAAUUGAACUUCAAUUUAGGUAAUAAUAUCAAAAGGCCAGAAGAAAGAUUCAACGACGUUAAUUAUUGGAGGGAUCCAAUUAAUUUGAGUGAUUUGAGCGAUUUAAGUGAUGAAGAAGAAAUCCCUCAAUCCCCUAGAUCUCCAAGCAUUUUAUCCAUCAGGUCUUUUGGUGAAGAUAAAGAUAAAAAAUCACCAAAAAAACUUAAUAAUGAAAGACCUAAAUCCAUGAGCUCUUUCACACCAUUAAGAUUUUUUAAAUCUAACGACGAUGAAAGUCCUCUGAAGGGUGACAUCAACAGAGAAUUGAGCUCUGAUGGAAAUCCAGAAAAUGUCCAAGACGACAUUGACGCUGAUCUUGAUGACGACCUUGAUGAAGAUCUCGAUGAUGAUUAUGAUGAAGAGGAUGACGAUGAUUAUGAAGAUGAAGAGGAUGAGGAAGAGGAUGAUGAUUAUGAUGGUGAAGAUGAUUAUGACAACGAAGAUGACUACGAUAAUGAAGACGACUAUGAUGAAGAGGAUUAUGAUGAAGAAGUGGAGAAUUUCAAGGGCGAUCCAGAAUCUCCUAUAAAGUCGGCAUGA